GUCUGGCAACGCUGUACCGAUACUAAAUAAUAACAAGGGACGGGAAACUGCAGCAAAUAGACUAAAAAUUCUAUAGUCUACACACAAAUGAUAUUGUUUAGAAACUGUGCAGUGCUGCUUGUGAUUGCCUCAAUAUGCAGUUUCAUCUAUGGCAUUGGCCAGCUGCAUGUGGAGGUGGAGCCGAAUGCCUGCCGAAUGACUUAUAUGUUUGGCGAGCCAAUGUUUGCGCGUGUGAGAUUUAGUGCGAAUAAGCAGUACCCCAACUAUGGGCUGUACUAUUACUAUGAAGGUGUAAGGCAGGAUCCGCUCAAGAGUCGCAUGACGGGUGCUCCGGUUAUCUUUGUGCCGGGCAAUGCCGGCUCUUACAAGCAGGUGCGCUCCUUGGCAUCGGUGGCGUUGCGCAAGGCAAGGGAGCAAUAUGACAGUGGCAUACAUCUGGACUACUAUACCAUUGAUUUCGAUGAGGAACUGUCGGCAGUCUAUGGCGGCUAUAUGUAUCAUCAGCAAUCAUUCCUUAAGCACUGCAUACGCACAAUUUUAACACUCUAUCGACAGCCCAGUCCCAUUGUGCUCAUUGGACACUCGAUGGGCGGCAAGUUGGCCCAAUCGGUGCUCACAGAUGCAGAAAUAAGCCAGCAUAUAAAUGCCAUUAUCAGCAUAUCAACGCCACUGGAUCAGCCGGUGCUCAAUUUGGAUGCACAUCUGGGUCAGUUCUAUGUGGACACGCACACACAGCUCAGUCGCACGAGGACCGCAUCCAAGCCCACCAAUACCACGAAUGUGUGCCAAAGUCUGCACCAGAAACAGCUCAGCGAGGAGCGUAUGGCCAGCCAGGAACUAACCCCCAAACUGGACAAUGUGCUGCUCAUCUCCACAGGCGGCGGCAAUCGUGAUCUUCUAGUCAAUGCUGGACUAACCAGCUCACAGUUUAAUGAUCUACAUGCCAUGACCUCGGCCAUACCACGUGUCAGUCUCAGCUGUGAUCACUUAUCAGCCGUUUGGUGUCUGCAGUUCAUGCAGGUCAUCAAUCGCUUCCUCUUCAGCAUUGCUCAACGGCGCAGCGACGACACCGUCAUCUUCAGCAGCAACAAGCAACGUAAUAUGCAAUCAGCACUUACUCACUUUGUGCGUCUUCGACCACGCCAGCAGGGCUUGGUAAGCAUGCAGUCGAGGAGCAAUUGGCAUGAGGAGCGUCAUCUGGUUAUUAACAAGUUCUUUGCCAAUGGCGUAAGGACACAUUAUCAUGAAUUGAUUGGCAUACAGCGUCAGGAGCGCUACAAGAAACUGGCAAUUGAGGCGCUGAAUGUUGAGGGUGAUGAGAACUGGCUGUUUGGCUGCGAGGCGCAUAAACACAAUGAUACAGACUCACUCAUUUGCGACAAGGCGACGCCAUUAACGCAUCUCAUUCAGCGUCUGCCGAAUGCGGAUAUUGAAGCACGAAGCGUUGCCGUGCUGGAUUUAUACAAUCUGCGCAAAACAUAUCAACAGUGGACGCAUUUACUGGUGCGUCUGCCACCAGGCAGUCGACGCACUGGCUAUAAUCUGGAUAUCUAUGAUCCCAAGGAGCGUAUUGUGGACAUACGCAUACCACGCUGGUAUGCCUAUGGACGUCGCAUUGCCAUUAAUGAGACGCUACAGGGUACACUGCACUACAAGCUGCGCAUUGCCGAGAUGGUGGAACCGUAUCAGGGAUUACGUGUCCAUGUGGAGCCACUGCAGUGUCUGCAACCAAAAUAUCGCAUCACCGCCAGAUUGUGUGUUCCUUGGGCAGCUGGCUUUGAGCGUUAUCAAACCUUGACGUCACCAGAUCAGAACCCGGGUCUCUAUGUCAAUGUGCCCACAUUAAUGCCAAAACAUUAUAAUACUUCCUUGAAUCCGGUCAUAUUGGAUUUGUAUUUAGAUCCCAUUUGUCGCUAUCGCAUCAGCUAUGAGUAUUCCUAUGCGGAUGCUUUAUCUCGCAUUGUGCUGCAAUUUUACGGCUGGUUGCCAGCUCAUUUGGUUUGUGUGUUAUUAAUUGUACUGCGAAAUCAAUUGGACAAAUUUCAACAACGCGGCAGCUUCAAGAGCCUCAAGCCCUACCUUGGUUAUCUACAGUAUGCAUCCCUCUACUUGGUUACAGGCUGCCGCUUGCUGAAGAAGCUUGUAAUGAAUGUGAAAUUGCUGCCCGAACCGGAGCCACUUGACUAUAGCAUUAAUGUAUCCAUUAUCAUCCAUUGCACAGCCAUUGGGCUGUCCAUAUUGGCCGCCUUGGGGGUGUGGCUUGCCCUGGCACUCUAUGGCAAUGUAUUUUAUCGCCUGGCACUGCGUCUCACCCGCCUCUCGCCCUCCAGCUCCAACAUUUUACUGUCGAUAAUGACACAUCUGCCAAUUACGUAUGGCAUACUGACAAUUGGCGUUGCUCUGGGCGCCAUCAGUGGACUUGGCCUGCUCUUGGCAUUUAUAUUUUACUUUUUGAUGCUUUCCAAUGCGUACAAAGAUCAUCUGGAGGAUUAUCUCUGGCAAAAGGCCGCAGAUUUGGUGCAUUUGGCCAGCGGCACAGCUGGGAAUUCGGAAAACGCGCAGUCACUAAACACAGAUGAUAAUGCAGUUGAAAAUCCAAUUGAAAAUGAAACAGAGACUGAGGUUGAGCUGGCAGCGACAGCUGAGACAUCACAGCCAGCUAAACAGAAGACUGACAAGGAGGAUGAAUCUUGCGUUGGCUUACAGAAUUUCCCGUUCCAUGUCACAUUGCUAUUGUUGCUUCUGAUGCUGCUCCUGCUCAAUGGUCCAACCACAUUGGCCUGGCUGCGCAGUCGCCGUCAUGGCAUUAAUCUACCCGAUCCGUCGCUUUUUAGCAACAUUACUGUACUGGCUUCGCUUAGUUUGUUGCUUCAGCUGCGUGCACCACAGAAAUUGCGUGGCUAUUGGAUAUUGUCGCUCGUGUUGUACUUCUGCGCUGGAUGUGUGCUCCUUUAUUCCCAGGCGGCUAUUUAUCGUCUCAACUAUGUGAUCGCCGUGGCCUUUGCCCUCUUGGCCGGUCAACAGAGUCUGGGAUGUUUGCUGGAGAAGAUAUUGCCAAAGUUCUUAGACUAGUCAGUGAAUUGUUUAUAAAUUUCGUUUGCCAUUUAUUUAUGUUUUUUUUAUGGUGUUAUUUAUUUUUGUAUUCACUUAGUUUAGCUGUACUUUAGUUAUAGUUAUAUUUUAGUUAAGUUUCACAUUGCGGACAAUACCAAAUAUGUAAGGUGUCUAUAAGUAGAUGUCUGAUAUAAUAAUAUCAUUUGGAGCUACAAAUGACAUGACAUGUUUUUCUGCACGCACUGUGUGCGGGAAGUCCAUAAUGAUAUGGGCUACAAAUUUAUCCAAAUGGGCGUCAACAUCAAUCUCGAUCUCGAUCCCCAUCGAACGAUCGAUUGCUCAAUCGUUGAUUGCAUGAUUGCAUUAAUAACUAAACUAGCAAACUAAAUUGUUGUGCCACAGGCAAACAUGUCAGCAAGGCCCAUUUAUAUCAAAUGUGUGAAAAUACCCAUAAAUAAUAAAUAUACGUGUGUACAUUAACUGUAAAACUACACUAGACUGCAAACAAAUUCAGAUCCAGCAUGUUUAGGAUCCAAAAACAACUAUUUACUUAAUGUCCUAUAACAUAACUUAAUUUUAUGUGCAUUAAGAUAUCAUAUAAUCUGUCAUAUUGCCUGAUUGAAUAAACUUUUAAAUGUUUACUGUCGAA